GUCAUGUCACUUCCUCGCAAGCAGCUGUUUAGCUGUCAAGACGAAAUCCUUGAAAAUUCAUAAAUAUAUAAAGGUUUUCAGUGUUUUUAUCUAAAGCUUUUUGAAAUAAUCAUUAAUUCUAUUAAUAAAAAUCGGUACUGAAUAGAGUUUGUUUGAAAAACAAGAAAUAAUAGGUAGCGGAAGAAUAACUGCUCCAUUGUACUAUUUUGUCCAAAUUAUUUAAAGUGCUUUCUGGGCACUAGUGCCUCAGUAUGUCUGACGAUUCGGAGCAGCAGGCUGAGGAAAUUGAAGUGCUCAAAUCUAUCUAUGAAGGAGAUGACAAUUUCAAACAAGUAGAUGCCACUACAUAUCAAUAUAAGUAUGCAGAUGGAGACAAAUCAUUCAUCCUAGAGAUCUCAUGGGGCCCCACUUACCCAACUGAUAAGCCGAAACUCAACUUAGAAAUAUUUUACAAUCAAAAUUUAUUACCAUCAGUAAAGGAGAAGAUCUUGUCUAUAGUAAACACAGAAGCUGAUCAAUGGCUGGGCUGUGCAAUGACGUACACUCUGUUCGAGUGUCUGAAGGAGAAAGUGGUGGAAAUAUUGGCAGAACAGACCGAGGAGGCUGUAGUGACGGCGAGAGUCGAGAAGAUCAUUAUUGAUGAUCAGACAGAAACAAAGAAGCCUGAGAAGAAAGAGCAACUAACGAAAGCGCAGAAGCGUCGGGCGUGGGACAAGGCAGAGGUGGGCCGCGGGGGAGAGAAGCCUCGCGGCUGGGACUGGGUGGACAUCGUGAAGCAUCUCUCCCAGGUGCCCCACCAACCCACCUCAUGACCCUUGCAGGCAUAGUUCCUAAGGUACAGUAGGCCGGACGACACGAAUGACUCACUGCCGCGUUACGCACCCAACAAGCAGAAACGAUUGCGGAGGCUCAUCAAGUCAUUGAAGAAUUUGCAUAUUUGAAUCUCUUUGAGGAGUACCGUAUGUAGGAACAUACGAUUAGCCAUGAAAGUUGCUUAACAAAUUCAAAAAUUUUAAAACUGGUUUACAAAUUUACUUCAAUCACCAUGUAAUUUUUUUUUAUCUAAAUUAAAGUAAAACCUUUGAAGUUUAUAUUAAUACAGGUAUUGUAUUUGUUCAUCUACUUUUGUGGCUGACUGUACAUGUUUGGGAAGUAAGUUAUCAUACUAUUAAGGGUCAUCCAUAGUAUGUAAAAUGUUUAUCAGCUAUGUUCCUAAAAUGAGUAUUUAUACUCUUGAAUAAAUUCAAAUUAAGAUCACCUGCAUACUUUACAACCUCAAAAUCAAUGUAAAAUUAAAAUUCUCUCAUCAUGCUGUUAUCAUGCUAUUUUAAUCAAUAUGUAAAUUGCCGUUUUAAUAUUUACAAUAAAAUUGAGACUUCAUUGCAACUUUACAGUUCCCUCAAUCAAUUUGGAUGUCAUUUGUGUCAUCUGUUUCACAUGAGGAAAGUCAGUGAUGGCUAUCGGAGUGAAUUAAUAUAACAUCAUAUUUAUGUAGAAUAUUUAUUUUAUACUAUUAUUAUUUAAAUAGAAUAAACUACAUGAUUUGUUAUGAAGGAAAUUUAUUUUCCUCUUACAAGUUCACAUUCCUAUCACUGCCCUUGUGUGGAACAGAUAUUAGUACUUAGCCUACUCUGUACCAUUGUACAUAUAAUUAUUAAAGUUAUAUUGUAUCACGCAAUUGUAUUGAUAUUAGGUCGUAGGUUUCAUUAGGAUACAAAAUUUAUUCUCAAUAGUUACAACCAUAUUUGAAAAAAAAAGAAACAAAAUUUUGUUAAAUAUUUUCCCCCUUUUUUAACUAUGUAUAUUGUGUCCCGAGUACUUCAGAGCUUGAAAGUAUUAAUUAUAUUAAUGUACUAUUUGUCUACAUUUGAAUUUCCUUUCUCCCGAUAGGGCAGUUAGUCAAACAAUCUCUAAUAUGGGCGGCCCGACCCGAACGACCAUUUUGGUGUGGAGGGGCAAAAUAUCUAAAAUAAAUUAGUUAUUACGUUAAAAAUUAGAAACUAUCGUCCGUGCUGUGGGUAGGGGUGGGGGGGGGGGGGGUUGUAGUUUUGUUUCAUUGUAAUAACUGUUUGCUGUCGACCGGAGCCUAGGGUUGACAAAUAUUGGGUCCGACCUGGGCCGCAACGACUCACUCUACGCCACUGUCUUAAUGUUAAAAAACACCGUGAAGUGAUGUAGAAAAAGGAUAAUACAUCUUGGUAAAUUUAGUGUAAUUAUAUUAUUUUUGGUUGUUUCAGUUACUUUAAUAUUACAAGUUAUGGAUAAAAAAUCUAGUCGUAAAAACUAUAACACAAUUAGUUGACAAGACAAUCUUUGUUGAGAUACGAAUUAUGUAAAAUAUUGAAAUUAUUAUUGAAACCCAGCUUUAGACAGUUACAAAAUCGUUUGAAUUUUUAUCUGCUUAUUUGGUUACUAAAGCGUGAAUUAAAAUACAAGUUGUAUAUUUUUUUUACUUUUUUCUGCUUCAAUAGUAACAUGCUUAUUUUUGCAUCCUCAUUGUUGAUAAAAUACUUCUGAAUAAUCUAAAACAGAGAAGUAACAAUAAUUACGUUUUUAAACAAAAAAAUAAAAUAAGAACUGUUCCCAAGGUUCAAGGCAAAGGUAUACGUUAGCAGGUAUGCAAAACCAAAUCAGAAACACUGCUUCAUAGUUUUUUUGUUUAAUUCCAAGUACACUGCCUAUGUUUUGUACUUUUUGAUGGUAGAAUGGUGUUCGAUUAAUAAUCACUAUAGAUACUUAUUAUCGAAUUAAAUAAUAUUGUAUACUGUUUAUUAUAAUUAUAAUAUUAUCUAUCCAUAUUAUAUCGUGGUCAUUACCGUAUGUCCCAACUGGGGUUUGAGGCUACAAUGCAGUGUUUAUAUGCAAAUGUUUAGAUCAGAAUACCCAAUAUUUAAUGUCUCUGGAUGAGGAACGCAGUGUGGUGCUAUGCAAUAGCGUGGUUUUUACAUUAUUUCAUUUUACUUUUAUUAAAAACUAACUUCGUCCAAAAUUUUGUACAGAAAGAAUUAUCAAUAUUCGUUUAAGAAUAAGUAGUAAAUUGUUUAAAGUUGAUGAAAUGGACGAAUGUCAAAUAAGAGAAGUAGAUGCAAUAUCUGAAUUGUGACGUCACCGGUCUUUACUGUACGAGAGUAAGGGCGAUAGCAAGAUAACCGAACUACGUGCGCUUUUGCUCUUAGCAAUAUUAAGUACAUUUCAGGAAUAAUAUAAAUUGCUGCUUUCUUUUGAUGCUGCAUUUACAAAAAGCUUUUUUCGUAUUGUUUGCUUUUAAUAUAAAAUCAAACAAAAGAAAGUUGUUGCAACUGUUUAUGGUUAGAAGAACAUAACGUUAUCCGAGUGAGCUGCAUGCCUCCUCUUUCGUUUGAAUUAAAAAUGGUGAACCCCUUGUACAUUGUAUAAUUACGUAGUAAUAUAGAUUUAUUUUUCUAUAUAUUGAUGUAUAUUUACUUCUAGCAAGUGCUUUGGUUGUGUUUCUCUCAAAAUGAGUAAUAGUAUCAUGCUUAAAUAUUUUUCAACCUUGUAGUAAUUA